AUGGCGCGGCGCCUGGCCGCCCUGGCUGUGGCCGGCUGUCCGGCGAGCGCCUGGUUUGACACUGGACAUAUGUUGGUGGCGGAGAUGGCCAAGAUGCAGCUACCACAACAACAUGUGGACACUGUGGAUAGGCUCCUUUUCGGCUGGUCCAACGACUUUCCUGGCAUGUCGGACAUUGUGAGUUCGUCCGUGUGGCCCGACCACAUCAAAUGCACCAGCAGCGAUGGUCCGCUGUGCAGUGGCCUGCCGGCCACUGCGCUGUCGGCGUUCAGUGCUUGGCACUAUGUCGACUUGGACUACAAUCCAGAUCAUGUGCUUAUCGAUGAUGCUCAUGCCACUGGAAAUCCAUCAGCCAUUUGGGCCCUGCGACAAGCGAUGCGCACCUUCAGCUUAUCUCAGUCCACCUUUGCCCUGAAUUUCAUGCUUCGCUUCGCGAUCCACCUGGUUGGGGAUAUCCAUCAGCCACUUCACGCGGUGCGCGGGGUUUUCAACGACACGCGUUUCGGAGAUUUGCCCCGUGGGGACCUUGGUGGAAACUUGCUGAGGAUCAAAAGCCCCUGGAAAAGUCUAACGAACCUGCACCUGCUCUGGGAUGCCGCGGGCGGUUUAUACCUGGAUGAAUGGCCCAGGGUGCCACCAGUUGAACUUUCGGAAAAUGCUUCAGCGCUUCUCCGGGAAUUCCCAAGAAAGAGUUUGGAGGAACUCAACGACUCAGACAUGGACUGUUUUCCAACCAGGGAUUGCGGUUCGGUCUUCAAACGUUGGGUUCUCCACGUGCAUCGCCUCGCGGUCAAAGAUGCAUAUCGCGGGGUACGCAUAGAUGAAACCGUCUCAGACGCGUACAUCCAAAAAGUGCGGGAAGUCUCGAGAAGGCAGCUGGCAGUGGCUGGUUACCGCCUAGCAGAUCUCUUGAUGGUCGUCAUUCCUUUUCUUCAGAUUUCAAGCGAUGAGAGCAGCCUCACCAACCGACCCUGGAAUCUCCGGAAAUCCCUCACCGCUGGACUCGAAAUGCAGCAGGCGCUGCUUUUCGUUUGCGUCCUGCAAUUUCUGCUGCUUUUCUCUCUUGCAGUGAUGGUGUGCAAGAGGCGUUUGGUGAAAGUAACGGGCGAACGAGAGAGUCCACUGUUGAUGGUCGCUGCUACCAGGGGCAGUAUGUCAGAGACAACAAGGACGGCUUCGGGAUUUUCACCUGGGCUGACGGCCGGCGCUAUGAAGGAUACUGGUCCAAAGGCAAGCAGCACGGUGUGGGCCGUUUGUGCAACGCCCAAGGGAGCCACCGUAUGGCGCAGUCCUGGCCUGAGAGACUGGGGUGAGUCUUCCAACCACCGUGUUUUUCCCCUGGCAAGCUAUAGGGGUCCUUACUUCUCAGUGCGGUGGGGUUUUCAGUGUGCUGUCCAGUGCGGUGGCAAAGUUUUGGGAGCUGCGGCGAAGUUGGCCAGGGUGUUGCGCAGGUUGCUGUGCAGGUUGCUGUGCAGGUUGCUGUGCAGGUUGCUGUGCAGGUUGCUGUGCAGGUUGCUGUGCAGGUUGCUGUGCAGGGCGCGGAGGGUGCUUAACAAGGUACCUACUUGCGCCGGUCGAGAGUUCCACUAUUUCCGCGACUGA